CAGUCGGGUCAGAGAAAGAACUAGGAAACGGAGACGAGAAACGGGCCGCACAUUUACAAUCGAGAGGAGGCGACGGACAAGGAAAACAAAGCAGUUUUUGUUCCAAGGAGCGCCUGAGUUGCUUUUUGCUGUCUUGACAAAUCGGGGGAAACUAGUAAAAACGCCGUUUACAAGGUGCUGCUUGGUUUAUAUUCCUGGCCCCAGCGUUGCUUUCUAAAUGUGGACUCCCUGCCAAGACAUAAGAAGAAGAGUGUGACAGCUUCAGGGUUUGUGUCCCGAGUUUCGGGAUCCCAACAGGACAACAGGUGGACAGUCCGCUCCCUGGUUGCUCGUGGUAACUCUCCGCCAUGCCUUUCCCCUUUGGCAAGUCCCACAAGUCGCCGGCGGACAUCGUCAAGAACCUUAAGGACAGCAUGACAGUGCUUGAGAAGCAUGACAUCUCUGACAAAAAGGCUGAGAAGGCCACAGAGGAGGUGUCAAAAAGCCUGGUGGCCAUGAAGGAGAUCCUGUAUGGGACUAAUGAGAAAGAGCCCCAAACAGAAGCAGUGGCCCAGCUGGCCCAGGAGCUCUACAACAGUGGCUUGCUCAGCACCCUGAUAGCGGACCUGCAGCUCAUCGACUUUGAGGGUAAGAAAGAUGUGGCUCAGAUCUUCAACAACAUCCUAAGGCGUCAGAUUGGCACUCGGACGCCCACGGUGGAGUACCUCUGCACCCAGCAGAAUAUCCUCUUCAUGUUGCUUAAAGGGUAUGAGUCUCCAGAGAUUGCCCUAAACUGCGGUAUCAUGUUGAGGGAGUGCAUCAGACAUGAACCGCUGGCCAAAAUCACGCUGUGGUCAGAGCAGUUUUAUGACUUCUUCAGAUAUGUGGAGAUGUCCACAUUCGACAUUGCCUCAGACGCAUUCGCCACUUUCAAAGACCUCCUCACAAGACACAAGCUACUGAGUGCAGAGUUUCUGGAGCAACAUUACGACAGAUUCUUUAGUGAAUAUGAGAAGUUACUCCACUCAGAAAACUAUGUGACUAAAAGGCAGUCCCUCAAGUUACUGGGGGAGUUGCUUCUUGACCGGCACAAUUUCACUAUAAUGACGAAAUACAUCAGCAAGCCAGAGAAUCUCAAACUAAUGAUGAACCUGCUACGGGACAAGAGUCGCAACAUCCAGUUUGAGGCUUUCCAUGUUUUUAAGGUGUUUGUGGCCAACCCCAACAAGACGCAGCCAAUCCUGGACAUCCUGCUGAAGAACCAGACCAAACUCAUCGAGUUUCUCAGCAAGUUCCAGAACGACAGAAUGGAGGACGAACAGUUCAAUGAUGAAAAGACUUACCUGGUAAAACAGAUCAGGGACCUCAAGAGGCCUGCCCCCCAGGAGGCCUGAGGAAGGGUGCAGAGGUGGGGGGAGGAGCCACCAGGACCAUGUCUGGACAACAUCCAGACAAUGUCUGCUUAACGGACCCAUCAGCAGCUGCUGUUCUGGUUUCUGAACAAAAAUUGAGGAAAUAAAUGAAAAACCAACAUACCCAUAUCAACUCAUCAGGAAGUCGCAAGCUCCUCUGCUCCUCAGUGAACAUUUGAUUAUUUUUUUUAUUUUUUCAGUCUUUUUCCUUCAAAAGAAAUAAGAGAAAAUAAUAGAUGCUGCUGCUUUCUUGCACAUUGUGACUUGUAAGGUAUAUUAUAAUGACACAACAGUCCAUCAAACAUAGUGACAGACAAUGUCCGUGCAUUCAAAGUAAGGCAGACUUCCUGACAAACAAACAUACACACACCAAGGAAGAAAAGUAGACAUGUUUACACGCACAUACGUAUUACAUAAAAAACAUGCAUACACACAUACUGCAAGAAUAUCAGCUAAAACCUUGUGAUGGAAAUGGUACGAACAAGUUGAACAUUGGUGUGUUUGUUGCAUGCCUUGAAAUGUGACAGAUCCAUGGCUGUACCCAGCGUCGGCUGUGUGAUGGCCUGCCCAGUCUGGCUCCCAUGUUCAGUGCCACAGACUCAGAAAUGCACGUACAUCACAGCAACUGCUACAGUUUGUAUCUAUGCCUUCAUCCAGCAAAGCAACAGUGGUUCAUUUUAGCGAUUCAUGGGGACAAGCUCUCAGAUGCCAUCACACAGAACCAAUUACCUCCUAUGUGCUUUGUUACGACACAGCACUUGAAGCACAUGAGGAAAGGAGGGAAGGGAUGUAAGGUAUGAAUUUGGUAAAGCCCAAGAGUUGGGUCUCUUUAUUGUUUUCUGGGACAGGGUGAACAUGUACAUAUGCCUUUUUUUUUUCUUUCUUUUUUUUGCUUUGUAGAUUUUUGUUUAACCUUGACAUAUGAAUAUAUAUAUAUAUAUAUAUAUAUAUAUAUAUAUAUAUAUUACCUUAAACAUCAAGUUUUUGGUUAAUUGUAAUCAAAUUACUUUCUAAACCAUAAAAGAAACAUCAAACAAUUUAAGUGACAUUGUUUUUGCAUUUCAUUUUACUGCUGAAAUGGUUGCUGGUGGGUUUCUUUGUACAUAACUUAAAGGGCCAGCUCAUGUUUAGCUAACCUAUAGGAUAUUAACAAUUUGUACAGCAGAGGAAUGUCAUGGUAUUAGCUCUGGAUCUGUUAAUCCUCUUUUUAUUCUCCAUCUACAUUUUGAGUAUCUCUGACUGCUGAAAACGUGCAGGCGUGUGAGCAGUGCAGGAGGGGAGGGAGGGGAUUGGGAGAGCAUUAACUGAAAUGUUAAAGCCUGUGUGAGCAGUGCACUUUGUGAGGUGCUGAGUGAUCAACAUCACCUAACUGGAGUCGAGGAUAGCAAGGAUUUCCCCCCCUCCUCAAUUUCAUUAACUUGUUUUAUCCUCAUUCUCACCACUGCUAGUGGCAAGGGAGUGCUGUAUGGCCUCACAGUGAGUGUGCUUCAGGGGUGAGUGCAUCAGGACAUUGGCAACUCAUCAUUCUUACCUUUCCCCCUUCUCCUCAUAUUUGAGUCUUUUUCUUCAGAGGGUUUAUAAUUCCAGUACAAUAAUGAGUGUAAAGCAUUGUGGGUAGCGGAGUAUGGGCAUGUUGGAUUGUCCUCAUGGUGCUGAGCAAAACUGAUGAAACCACAGACGUGUUAAUUCACGGGGCAAAUAAGAAACCAUCUCAGUGCAGACAACAGCACUACUCAGAUAGCCCUCAGUUCCUCCAUACGCAUUGAACAUGCAUGUUCCUCCACUGGCUGUGCAUGAUGCUGUACUAAAGAUGUUGUACUGGAAUUGUUCAUUUUUUUCCAAGUAUUUAACAACAAUGAAAUGGCAAAUUGAACUCUUGGCUGUAUACUGACUUGGACUCCAGUUUCAGCAUACAGCAUGUGGGUGCUUUCAGAAGUGUCAAAGGCCUGGGCCCUACAAUCGAAAUAAAGAAAAAAAAAAAACAUUUGGAAUAAAAUAAAGCUGUGGUCAUUUUUAACAA